CUCCUGUUCUUCUCGGCGCCGACUUUCGUAACAACGUACGCGCUUCGAAGGGAGCGAAAAACCCUUUAGAUCCAUCGUAGGGUUUUUGUUCCAUCCCAUGCGCGGUCUUCGAAGUGGGGGAGGGAGAGAGAUACAUGGCGGAGAGGUCGAAGCAGUGGCUCUUGGUCGGGACGGGCGCUCUCUUCGGCUCCCUUUCCACCGUGGCUCUCCUCAGGCUCUUCUCCAGAUGGGCUGGGAAGCGACAAGUAAAAGGUCUUUUGACCAGCUGUUCAGUAAUUUCUGAUUGGAACGGAAAAGAAAAAUUAUUUGGAAGAUGCGGAACCAGAUACAAUGGUGCACCAGAUGGUUUGGUUUAUUCAGACCUUUUAAAAGAUGAGGUUGUAUCUGAACAACUUACAAGGAAUAUUCAAUUCUUUGGAAUGGAGUCACAGCAAAAAGUGACUGAAUCAUAUGUUGUAGUCAUCGGUCUUGGAGGAGUGGGUAGUCAUGCUGCUUCUAUGCUUUUGAGAUCUGGGGUUGGCAGGCUCCUCCUUGUGGACUUUGAUCAGGUAUCACUCUCAUCACUAAAUCGACAUGCUGUGGCCACGAGAGAUGAUGUUGGGACCCCAAAAGCUCUAUGCCUGCAAAAGCAUUUUUCAGCAAUAUUUCCAGAAUGCCAUGUGGAAGCAAGAGUGCAGCUGUAUGAUGCAUCAUCAGAGGAGGAAAUUCUUUCUGGCCGGCCUGAUUUUGUUCUUGAUUGCAUAGAUAACAUUGACACGAAGGUGGCACUUCUUGCUGCAUGUGUACGUAGAGGUUUGAGGGUGCUUUCUGCAAUGGGGGCAGGUGCCAGAGCUGAUCCAACACGAAUUCGUGUUGCAGAUUUAAGGGAAUCAAGCAUUGAUCCUCUCUCUCGAUCAGUAAGGCAUCGACUAAGAAAGGACUAUGGGAUAGAGGGUGGAAUCCCUGUAGUUUUUUCCCUUGAAAAACCCAAGGUAAAGCUGCUUCCAUUUAAAGGUUUAACUGGAGAAGAAGAAAAUCCUUCAGAUUAUCAGAUAGUGCCAGGUUUCAGGGUUCGCAUCAUACCUGUUUUGGGAACUAUCCCUGCAAUUUUUGGGCAAGUAAUGGCCUCCUAUGUUGCGACUCAACUAGCAGGAUUGUGUGUUCAGACGGAACCAGUGGUCAAUUUGGAUCUAGAUCACUAUCGAAUUCUUCAUCAACGCCUUCUUGAGCAUGAGGAGUUAAUAUAUGGCUCAGCCGUACAGGUUCUGGAUAUGGACACAAGACAAUGGCGUUUGUCGCUAUGUAGUGCAUACUGGUUUAUACUGAACCAUAUGGGCCUGCUUUGCUAUGCAUGGUUUGGUGUUAUCUUCACGACUGAUGUUGAAGAAGUGAUGUAUGUUGUCAAGGAGUUGUGGCAUGGCCGAAGUGCUAGAGAUCAAUCUCAGAAAGAUGUUGGUCGUAAAAUGUGGAGAUCUGUUAAUGAGUUGAUGCUUGUAAGGUGGGACAAAUCAAGACCAGCUACGGUCAAUAAUCUGAUACCUUUGAAAUUUACUGAGGCAGGGGCACAUGAAUCAACGAUGAUUGACCGCAUAAGGGAAGAAGAACCUGAAUUCUACACAAUGGUUACCAAUGUUCUGAAGCGGGCAGAAGAGGAAUUUGCUUUACGAUGAUACACAUCUACUGUCAUGGAUACACUCUAUAUUAACCGCUGCUGACCUUUCUGGAUGCAAUGAAGUGUUGUGUGCAAGUAUUUGUUUAUCACAAAAAUAUGCUACUGUGCCUUUUCCUACCCAGUUGAGGCAUAUAUUGUCAAAUUAAGGUGAGAAAAGUCAGAAGUGGUGCUUCAGAGUUUUUGCAUGAAGGUAUCAUUCAGGUUGUAGUUAAGCAUGUUUACCAUGCGGUGUGAAAGUUUAGAGGGUGAUAGCUGUUUAUUAAUUUCAUGAAUUUUGUCGGUGUAGGAUGCUUUAUUGACAUCAACGAAAUGUGGAACCAAUCAUUCUAGCAGAUGAGAAUCCAGGAUGUUUUUUCUUCUUUGAGGAAAAAGAAGUCAACAUUUAAGACAUAUCUAUCUGAUUAUGACCUCUCUUUUUUCUUGUGUCAUUAUAAAUUUUCUGAUACUUGGGUAUUCAUAUUAACAAAUAUGCAUAAAAUGAUCACUCUUGCCUGAAAUGAUCGACAUUCUCCCAAAUAAAUAAACUCACUGUUUGUUGUUA